AUGUCCGACGACUCUGACGACUCUGACAGUUCCAACGACCUUUAUGGCUUCGACUCGGAUAGCAGUGCUAGGGACGUCGUUACCGAUGACGACAGCGACGACGACUCAGCUGUGAGCUUUGACGAUCGGGAGAGCGACGACGACACGCUGGACGAGCUCAACUAUCGACGGCACCCAAUGUACCGCGAGGAUGCGCGAUUCGGCUAUGUCGGCAUUCUUCACGAGCGCGAUCCCGCGACAGACCCGUUGUGGAACAGCAUCCGCGAGGCCGGCUUCGACCCGGAGGAGUGGGUGAUUUCCAUGCUAAAGUGCCAGCGACCGGUCCCGACCCAGCUGAAGCAGGGCUCUGCUGCUGCUGCUGCUGCUGCUGCUGCUGCUGCUGCUGCUGCUGCUGCUGCUGCUGCUGCUGCUGCUGCUGCUGCACCCGAGGCUGCCUCAUCACAGUCAGAGCAGGCUCCCACGCCAUGGGCGCUCGCAGUCGCAGAAGCCGCCAAAGCAGGCGUGCGGCCUGGCGCAUCCUGCUCCAUCUCAGAAGCGACGACCGCGCGUGCAUCGUCCAGCUCGGGCUCCAGCUCCGGCGUCGAGACGGCCGAUUCCAAUCGAGCCCCUCUGUCUUUUUGGUGGGACAUUUUUGAUGGAUCUGAAGACUUUCCCCUGGAUGACUUUAUCCAAAACCACCCUGUGAACCGCGAGCCCGACUUUAAUCCACUGGACGCGAGCCCCGAGUUUAACUGGGCAGUUGGGCGUCGUCUGCUUCCUUCGUUCGUGGCACCCAAGUCGGCCGAGCGUGUGCGCUUCUCGCAUCGAGGAGUCGCCAUCGACACCAAGUCCCGCUUUGUACGUCGCUGUCUGCGGCGUGCCGAGCGCAAUGCUUCUCGCAUUUUCAUGGUCGAUGAAGCCACAGCAACCUCGUGCUCAAUCAACCAGUCCAACAUCGACCGUCUCACGUUUCAUGGAGACCUGCUGCGCGACCCGACACUGCAGAUGGACUUGGUUGCGACUGGUUUGCCUCUGAGCGCGAAACUCCACUGGGCUGACUCAGAUACCUAUUUCGCUUCAUUCUCUAGCGGGACUGGCAGUGAACAGACUGGCUGGGUGAUGCACUCGCGCCGCUACACUCGGUACUGGGAUGACAUUGAGAGCCCGCUCAUGACUGGCUCCAUUAUGGAGCUGUUUGACGCGCUGGAGACGAUUCGGGUUGGUCGGUCCCUCACGCUGUCCAAGGCCUUGAAAGACACAGUUUUGCACCUCAUCAGCUGUGUGGGUCAUGCUGUUCCGCUACUGGAUUUUCGUCGAGCGCCGACGACCACCGAAAGACGUCAUUAA